AUGCCUCCUGCUGCGACAGAAACAACAUCUGCCUGUCCAACAAUCUCUGCCUUGAUGUCGUGGUGCAACCAUACGUACUCUCCCGAGGCAGCUGCACCGAUCCAAACUGGCAGUCCGGAGGAUGUCCUCCUGUUUGUCGUAGGAAAUGUGUCAACCGGCUCCGCUUCGUCGCUAGUCACCCUGGGAAAGGGCACAAAUGGCGCCGUGUCGUACUGCUGCGGCACGCCAGUCAGCAAUGGGAGUGAUGUUGUGUGUCGCGACGGGAACAGCGUUCAGGUCACGGAUGGGGAAAUCAUCGCUGGGUAUGCAGCUUUGGCGAAUGUGUCCUCCCUGGAUGGUGGGAACAGUUCUGUCCCGACAGCUUCCAGUACGGCAAGUGCGAAUCCGUCAACACAGUCAUCGCAUGAGGUGGCUAUCGGUGUUGGGGUCGGGGUGCCACUGGGGGUCAUUGCACUGGCCUCGAUUAUCUGGGCUAUGUGGGAAAGGAGGAUGCGAAUGCGUCAUGCUGGAGGGGCACGACAUUGA